UGUCCGCACACUCCCGGCGGGGACGCGGCGCGGUGUGAGCGUGGCUCUGCGGCCCAUGGGAGUGGGUGGCUCGGUGUGAGCCGGUCCGCCGCGGGUGGGCGUGCAAGGGUCAGGCGGUGUGUGUGUGUGUGUGUGGGGAGGUGGUGGUGGAUCGGCAGGCGGGGGUGUCCCGUUGCUGGCGGCCGCCAUGGAGGUGUGCGAGAGCGGCGGGGAGCAGCCGCAGCUGCUGCACUGGGACCGCAAGCUGAGCGAGCUGUGCGAGCCCGCCGACCCCGACACCCUGCUGUGCCACACGCACUUCACAGAGUUCCUGGAUGAGUUUUCACCUGAUGUCCUAGGCCAGCUCUUGAAUGAUCCCUUUUUGUCUGAGAAGAAUGAAAUAAUGGAGGUGGAACUGUCUCCGGCGUCCCCAGCACCCCUCAUCCAGGCAGAGCACAGCUACUCCCUCUGCGGGGACUCUCGACCCCAAUCUCCCUUGACCCACAUCUCGACUGAUGACAACUUUAAUGAAGGUGACCUGGAAAAUGAGGAAUGGUGUCUGGCUACAGAGCUUACUCCAGCAGCAAUAAAGACUGAGCAAGUGUUGUGCGAGACAUCAGGCCUUGCUCCUUCAGUCAGUCUCACUGUCACAACCACGUCACUGGAGGGGGAACAACCUGAGCUACAGACUGAUGCCCUGAUGAAACCACUGAGCCAGAAAGUUCUUCCAGAGAUUAAAUUGGAGCCCCAUGAAGUGGAUCAGUUCUUGAAUCUCUCUUCUAAGGAAGCAGUGGAUCCCCUGCAUUUGCCUCCAACCCCUCCGAGCAGCCAUGGUAGUGACUCUGAAGGAGGGCAGAGCCCAGCUAGAUCACUCCCUCCUUCAAGCCCAAUCCAGCUGCAAGCCACGGCUAAAGUGACAUCGCGCACAGCUUCAGCGCUCUCCAAUUCCCCUCUCCUGACUGCACCACAUAAAUUACAGGGGACCGGUCCACUCAUCCUGACCGAGGAGGAGAAGAGGACACUGAUAGCAGAGGGGUACCCAAUCCCUACCAAACUGCCCCUGACAAAGGCAGAGGAGAAGGUGCUGAAGAAAAUCCGCAGGAAAAUAAAGAACAAGAUUUCUGCCCAAGAAAGUAGAAGAAAAAAGAAAGAAUACAUGGACAGUCUGGAAAAAAAAGUUGAGACCUGUUCCAAUGAAAAUAGUGAGCUGCGUAAGAAGGUUGAAGUGCUGGAGAAUACUAACAGAACACUUCUGCAGCAGUUGCAGAGACUUCAAGCCAUGGUUGCCGGGAAGGUGUCCCGUUCAUACAAGGCAGCUAGCACACAGACAGGGACCUGUCUUAUGAUGGUGGUGCUGUGCUUUGCAGUAGUUUUUGGCAGCUUCUCUCAGAGCUAUGGGCCAUAUCCUUCUGCCACGAAGAUGGUUUUGCCCAGGCAGCAUUCUUCACCAGAGUCCUACACAGACUCCAUUGUGAGGUCAAGGAGUCUGCUAAUUUAUGAAGAGCCUCACCAGCUGGAGGAGUCGUCAAGCCCGAUCUCCUUUGCAGAUCGCAAUGACAGGCAAGCAGAUACCUCCAAGUACACAGCGCUGUCCCUGGAAGCCAUGCCGGGAACACAGCAGGAUGAUAUCAUGCAGUUCACAAUAGCCAACGAGACGAGGCUAGAGAAAUCAGUGCUGCUGGGCCUGCAGCAGCAUAGAGUCAACUCCGAACUAGAAGGAAAUGAAACACUGAAGAUAAUUGAAAUAGAUAGAAGAGUCAAUGCCACCGCUUAAAAAUAAAAAAGGCCUUUUUUCUAGA